CUACCGGCUUAAGACACUUUUUGUGUGCUAAGGUUGACAUAUCUUGAAUCCCAACGUCUAUGGGUUGUGAUCAUUCAUAAAGAACUUAUUUUUAAUUGCUAACAAGUGAUCUACCCGAAACCUUAAUGAAUAACUUAUAUCUAUUAACUUAUGAUGUUAUACAUAUCCUAUGUAGGAAGGAUAAUCAGCGGAGUAAAAUUUAUUUGAAAACAGAGCAACUGCUAAACUGCUAAAGCUAUACUGACAAAUCGUGAAGAAAAAUUUUCCUGUUAUAUAAGUAGUCGAAAAAGUAAUUUCGUAUUUUGUCAAUAGAUGUCAUUGCAGUCGGAUAUCUCCAGUGCUUCGAAAGCUUCAUUUUUUGGCGCUCGUCAUGUGCAGUGUUUCAUGAUUUUCAUCGGUUUAACUGUGGCUUUCGCGCAACGAGUUAAUUUUUCGGUGGCAAUUGUGGCAAUGACGGACAGGAAUGCAACAAAUCCAGAUUUUGAGGAGUACGCUUGGUCGGAGCAAACAAAAUCAUAUCUGCUAAGCGGUUUCUUCUGGGGCUAUUUCGUGACACAAAUACCUGGCGGUCAGUUGGCGCACAAAUAUGGCGGUAAAAUUAUGUUGCUUCUAAGUUUGGGCCUCAGUAGUAUUUUGUGCAUGCUCACACCGCUUACAGCGCGCUUAGGCGAUUGGAAAUUGGUCUUUGCACUGCGUGUGGUACAAGGCUUAAUACAGGGUUGCAUUUUCCCCUCAACACACACGCUACUCUCCAAGUGGGUGCCACCCGAGGAACGCGGCUCGAUCGGCACCUUCUGCUAUACGGGUGUACAAUUCGGUAGCGUCAUAAUGAUGGGCAUCAGCGGUACCAUUGCGUCGUCGUCAUUAGGCUGGCCUGGCAUCUUCUACAGUUCCGGUUUGAUAAGUUUAUUAUAUGUUAUUAUGUGGUACUUUGUGGGCGCUAGCGAUCCCAGCGACUACAAAUGGAUAUCUGCCGAAGAGAAAUUAUAUAUUCAAUCAGCAUURGUGACGUCGGCCAAACCAGAGGACGAGCAURUACCAAYGAAAACGCCAUGGGUUAAAAUAGUCACUUCGGUGCCAUUCUUAGUAAUUCUAUUCGCACAGAGCACAUUCGCUUGGGGCUUUUGGACGAUGCUCAUACAAAUUCCAUCAUAUAUGAAGAAUAUUCUGAAACAGGAUAUCAAGAGCAAUGCUCUCAUGUCGGCGCUACCAUAUCUGGUUAAUAUGUUUUUGACUUUUGUGUUUUGUGGCCUAAAUAAUUUCCUUAUCAAACGGAAUUUAAUCAGCAUACGCACAAGUCGUAAACUUUUCAAUACCAUCGGCUUCUGGGUGCCGGUGUUGCCACUCAUAUUGUUGGGUUAUUUGCGCGAAGAUCAAAGCAGUUUGGCAGUUGGUUUACUUGUCAUCUUAAUCGGUGUCAAUUCSGCAGCUUACCUGGGCUUCUUGACCAAUCACAUUGACUUGUCGCCCAACUUUGCUGGCAUACUAAUGGGCGUGGCUAAUUGCAUGGCAAAUUUAAUGGCUGUAGUAGCGCCCCUGCUGGUGGGCUUCAUCGUCACUGAUUCGAAAAACGUUAAUCAAUGGCGCAUCAUAUUCAAUAUAACCGCCGCUCUUUACUUUCUUGGCAAUCUGCUAUUUAUUCUCUUCGGCCAGGUCAAAAUCCAGAAAUGGAACUAUCCCAAAGAGGCGGAACAGCAAAGGGAUCACAUCAAAUUCGAGCCAGUCAAUGUGGAGAAAGAUGUCUACUAGAGSCAAAUGAGACGUAUUCAUAUUUAUAUUAUGAUAUUUAUGCGACAUGCUUGCACGAUUUAUGCAUUGUAAUGUGCUGCUGUCAUUAGUUAAUUGUACUGUUGUAAGUUUGCUUAAGUUGACCCUCAUAGCUUUUAAAAAGUUAUGUGGUGUGGCGUUAAACAGAGAGGAAUAAGAUGUWUAUWUGUAAAUUUAUUUUUUGUUUGUCAUUAGUCUAUUGACCUUCUCUCAUUACYUGCAUUGAUUACAAUGUGAUUAAGUGGAAUAUAUUUUAAAAUCAGCAAUGUGCUUAAUUUUUUUGAUUUAUGUCAUUAAAGUAGAUGAAAAUCG